CCUCCCCACCACCACCACCACCGCCGCCGCCGCCUCCUCAUCUGUUUUGCAGCCCCCCUCCUCUCUCUGUUUUUCAACAAAGAUUAGCACUGUGAAUGACGCAGUGCUGAUGCCCCACAAGUCUGAAUGGAUUUCCACUCGCAAAGAAGCCAGAAGUUGUAGCUCCCUCAACAGGAUGCUGGUGGGGCCAAGUAUACCUGUGUUUCUCGCUUUGCUCGCACAGAUUUUGCCGGCCCAGUGCCGGCCUGCCAGCUUCGAUGAAGUACCUGUUGAAAGCAACGCAGAGCCGUUCACCCUUUACCUCGGGGACCACCUGUAUCUGACUUGCACCGCCAAGGACUCCCACGAGGCUGUCAACUGGACCAAGGACCAUGUAGUGGUGGUGGAUGGGGAACACACACGCAUCCGCAACGGCCAGCUGGAGAUUGAAGCCGUGGAGCUGGCCGACUCCGGCCUGUACGCAUGUACCACCUUGGGCAACCAUAGUCGCGUCUUCAAUGUCACAGUUGAUACCCUGGCGUCAUCUGAGGAUGAAGAUGAUGAAGACGAGUCCUCAUCGGAGGAAGCAAAAUUGUUAGGCAGCCAAAAACUCCUGCCGAUGGCCCCCCAAUGGACUCACCCAGAAAAGAUGGAGAAAAAGCUUCACGCCGUCCCAGCCAGCAAGACUGUCAAGUUUCGAUGCCAAGCGAGUGGCAACCCAACCCCCACCCUGAAAUGGUUCAAGAACAGCAGGGAGUUCAAGAGAGACCAACGCAUCGGCGGGUUCAAGGUGCGAGAUCACGUGUGGACCAUCAUCAUGGAGUCCGUGGUGCCUUCUGACAAGGGGAACUACACCUGUGUGGUGGAGAACCAGUACGGCAGCAUCAAUCACACUUACCAGCUGGACGUAGUCGAGCGCUCCCCUCACAGGCCGAUCCUUCAGGCGGGCUUACCGGCCAAUCGCACUGCAGUGGUGGGCAGUGACGUGGAGUUUGAGUGCAAGGUAUUUAGUGACCCUCAGCCCCACAUCCAGUGGUUGAAGCACAUUGAGGUCAACGGGAGCUUCGUCGGACCUGACGGAUUGCCAUACGUCCGUAUCCUCAAGACCGCUGGCCUUAACACCACGGACAAGGAAAUGGAAGUCCUCCAACUGAGGAAUGUGUCUUUUGAUGACGCUGGGGAGUAUACCUGCUUGGCGGGCAAUUCUAUCGGGAUCUCUUAUCAUUCUGCAUGGUUGACCGUUUUUGAAGCGUUCCCACCCUACCCUCCAGCCAACCACACCUACCUGGAGGUGGUCAUCUACUGUGUGGGUUUCUUCAUCAUUGCCGUCUUGGUGGCCAUUGCAGCCGUCUUCAAGAUGCGCACCUCCUCCAAGAAGAGUGACUUUAACAGUCAGCUGGCUGUCCACAAGCUGGCCAAAAGCAUCCCCCUGCGCAGACAGGUAACAGUUUCAGUGGACUCAAGCUCCUCCAUCCACUCGGGUGUUAUGCUGGUUCGCCCCGCCCGCCUCUCCUCCAGCGGCUCUCCCAUGCUAUCUGGGGUAUCUGAGUAUGAGUUGCCCCAAGACCCCCGCUGGGAGCUUCCCAGGGACAGACUGGUCCUCGGAAAGCCCCUGGGAGAAGGCUGCUUUGGUCAGGUGGUGAUGGGAGAGGCGCUUGGUCUGGACAAAGAGAAGCCUAACCGUGUGACUAAAGUUGCUGUCAAGAUGCUGAAAUCCGAUGCCACAGAAAAAGAAUUGUCAGACCUGAUCUCUGAGAUGGAGAUGAUGAAGAUCAUCGGGAAGCACAAGAACAUCAUUAACCUGCUGGGAGCCUGUACACAGGAUGGUCCGUUAUACGUCAUUGUGGAAUACGCCUCCAAGGGAAACUUGCGGGAGUACUUGAGAGCUCGGCGCCCUCCGGGUAUGGAGUACUGCUACAACCCUGACCAGGUGCCUGUGGAGAACAUGUCAAUUAAAGACCUGGUCUCCUGUACCUAUCAGGUCGCCCGGGGCAUGGAGUAUCUGGCCUCCAAGAAGUGCAUCCACAGAGACUUGGCUGCCCGUAACGUUUUGGUAACAGAGGACAAUGUCAUGAAGAUAGCAGACUUUGGCUUGGCGAGAGAUAUCCACCAUAUUGAUUACUACAAGAAGACCACCAAUGGUCGUUUACCGGUUAAGUGGAUGGCCCCCGAGGCUCUAUUCGACCGGAUCUACACGCACCAAAGCGAUGUCUGGUCAUUCGGAGUGCUACUUUGGGAGAUCUUCACCUUAGGAGGCUCCCCUUACCCCGGGGUCCCGGUGGAAGAGCUGUUCAAGCUACUGAAAGAGGGUCAUCGUAUGGACAAGCCCUCCACUUGCACUCACGAGUUGUACAUGAUGAUGAGGGACUGUUGGCAUGCUGUUCCCUCUCAGAGACCCACGUUCAAACAGCUGGUGGAGGACUUAGACCGCUGCCUGGCCAUGACAUCCAAUCAGGAGUAUUUGGAGCUGUCUGUGCCUUUGGACCAGUACUCCCCCAGCUACCCUGACACUCGAAGUUCUACCUGCUCCUCAGGCGAGGACUCGGUCUUCUCUCACGACGCCGGAGCCGAGGAGCCCUGCCUGCCAAAGUUCCCUCCCCACUCCAAUGGGGCAGUCAUUAAGAAACGCUGAUACCUCACAUCCCCUCAAGACAAAACCCCUGACACUUCCGCCCUCCCCCUCCCCCCCAUCCUCCUCACCCUGCCACCCGAGGUUGGACUCUUAACUACAGUUCCCGGAGAUGAAGCUCGAACACUGGUGCUCUGUGAGGACGGGACGUCGGACAUCUGCCGGGAGUUGUCGGGUCAUGAGGACUGAAGAGCGCCGCCCGUCCCCGGUGUUGAGGGUGGCGUUGUGUUUGUUUAUGGGGCACUUUGUAUUAUCAGGAGUUCGCAGAUCGCUGCGGUCCUGGAAAAGAACGGACUGCCGCUCUUCUCCCGUCUUUGGGCGUGCCACGGGGGUCAAGAGAAUUGAAAGGACUGACCUGACGUGUCAGUUGAAUUUAUUUUAUUUUUCUGUGGUCGUUCCAUCACCGGUGAAGGAAAGCGCUCGGCUUUUCAGACCAAAUCCAGAGAAUAUUAUAUAUACAGGGGACACGCGUCCCUUGUACAUGCUAGCACAGUGGUCCAUUGCGUCAUUGAAACUUACCUUCUUGUAAAUACAGGUAGAAAAUUAUAAAUAUGAAUAUAUAUUUACACUGUACUCUUAUUUUUAUUACCAUACUUGAUUUAUUUUUCUUUUUGUACAAUUUGUUUGAUCCAUUUUUAAACGUAGUCUGUAGGGGCAGUUGUUACAGCAUUUCUUAAGAUGAUGAGGAUUACCUGGCCAGUUUUUUUUUUUUUUUUUUUUUUGUAUCACACUUCUUCUCGGCUUCGCUUUCCCCUCUAGUCUGCUGCGUAAUCGUUGAAACAUGUAUUUGCUAAAUGUAUAUUUUCAGGCGGGUGUUUCCACGAGAGGACUUGAGAUGAAACGGUGGCUCGGCGUUCAGCAAACGCGUCCGUAGGAAGUUAGCCAUGCUCACUUCUAAAAACCCAUGCUUUUAGGUCACAGUGUUUCUCACCCCAGUCCUCAAGGACCCCCUACCCUGCAGAUUUUCUUUGCAAUCCCGAAUAGGUACCUGUUUGUAGUUAUUCAACCAAUCAGCAAUGAAUGUCCGAGUUUGCACACCUUGCAUAAUUGAGUGCCAUGAGGUGACUGGUUGAGUAAGUACAAGCAGGGCUACCUAUGCAGGGUUACAAUGAAAAUCUGCAGGAUAGGGGGUCCAUGAGGACUGGGUUGAGAAACACUGUUUUAGGAGAAUGUGUGUGUGUGUGUGUGUGUGUGUGUGUGUGUGGGAGGGGUGUAUGUGUGUAGACAUACCAGUGGAGUGGUCAAGAUAACCUUGUACAGGAAAAUACAAAUUAAUUUGGCCAUCUCGACCCAGAUUGGACGCUUGAGUCGAGAGCGGCCACUGUAAAUACCCACAGUCGUUUUUACCCAUCAGAACCAGUCUUUUUUUUUUUUUUGCUUUAGUUGGAUACGAUGCACUUUCCACUGUGCACGCCUCCCAUGUGAUGGAUGCUUUUAAUUAACAGGAGUUGCAUUUGCCGCCUUAUAAACUUCUGGUAAAGGGUUGCAGAACACGCCAUUGUAAAAUGAUUACAUUAAAUAAAAACGAUAUUAAAAAAAAAAAAUAUAUAUAUAUAUAAACCAUUAAAAUGCUCAAGAGUUUGCUCUAAACUUAAUAAAC